AAGAAUCAUUACGAGCGGCUAAAGGUGUCGACGAAUGCGACGCCCGCCGAGAUCAAAAAAUCCUUCUACGCCCUCUCCAAAACGCACCACCCCGACGCGAACCGCUCCGACCCAAACGCCUCGCACAACUUCUCCCUCCUGUCCGAGUCCUACACCAUCCUCUCCAACGCCUCGCGCCGAGCAACCUACGACCGCGACGUCCUGCGCCUGCACGAGCACGGGCACGGGCACCAUGGACAUCACCAUCCUCAUCACCACCAUCAUGGAUCCUACCACAGCACUAAUCCCGCCGGCGGCCGUCCCCCCUCCGGCCUGAGCCGUCGAAGGGGAACAUUCCGCGGACCCCCGCCGAGCUUCUAUCGCAGCGGCGGAUAUGGCGCGCACGCCGAGAAGCGACACCAAGCGCACGAAGAGUCUACCGGCGGCGCCGCAUCAUCGUCAUCGUCAUCGUCAACGCGCGCAAACCCCUGGGACACGAGCGCCUUUCACCACGCCCACACUUCCUCUUCUUCGUCAGGAGGAGGAGGAGGAGGUGGUGGUACAUACGGCGGCAUGGGCCCCGGCUCGUCGCCGUUCCGGCAGGACGACGACAGGGACGUGCCGCCGCACUGGGACAGGGCGGGCCACGCCCGGACGCACGAGCACCAGGACCGCCGCCGGUGGCAGCGCCAGCGGAGGGCCGUCGGCGACGACGGCAUCGAGUUCGAGCCGCAGACGAGCCUGGCCGGCCACUUCUUGAUCGUGGCGGGUAUCUUGGCGGCGACGUUUGUGGCGCCGGCGGUGUAUUUGCAGUUUAUGCGGCUGGGGAGGAGGAAGAAGGAGGAGGGUGGGUGA